GCCCCUGCGCGCUGGGCCUCUGGCGGACCGCGCUGUCUGGACGUGAUGGCAGCUUCCCGCUUACCCCCAGCGACGCUAACGCUAAAGCAGUUCGUGAGAAGGCAACAAGUUCUCCUCCUCUACAGAAGGAUUUUGCAGGCAAUUCGGCAAGUUCCAAAUGAUUCUGAUCGCAAAUACCUGAAGGACUGGGCAAGGGAAGAAUUCAAAAGAAACAAAAGUGCCACCGAAGAGGAUACAAUCCGGAUGAUGAUUACUCAAGGCAAUAUGCAGCUCAAAGAGUUAGAAAAAACACUUGCUUUAGCCAGAUCAUAACUACAGCAUUAUUCUGAAAGGUUUUCAAAUUCUCCAUGUGUUUAGUUGAGCUUAGGCUCAACAGUGGGUAGCCCAAAGCCAAGUGAAACUAUCUGUACAUAGAGCCCUUGAGCAAAAUAUCAGAACAUGGAGCAUGGCAUAUCAGAGAGAGCCAAGAAAAGGGCAUAAGAGCAACUGUCUUAGCACUGAAAACAUACCUUUUAUUUUGAAAAUGUUCUUGGAUAUGUCAGCAGUUUUUGGAAGAAGCAAAAACCAGUACGAUAGCACAUAAAAAGAUGUUCAACACCAAUUAAUCAUUAGGAAAAUGCAAAUCAAAACCACCAAGAGAUACUAUUUACAUCCACUAGAAUGGCUAUAAUUAAAAAGGGAGAUAAUUGCAAAUGUUGGCGAGGAUGUGGAGAAACUAGAACCCGUCACACUGCUGGUGGGACUAUAAAAUUGUGCAGCCACUUUGGAAAAAAGACUGUCAGUUGCCCAAAAGGUUAAACAGCAUUAUUCAUAAUAGCCAAAAAGUAGAUGAUCCAAAUGCCCAUAUUAAUGGAUAAGUAAAACAUGGUAUACCCAUACAAUAAAAUACUAUUUAGCAAAC